AUGAUACCCUAUGAUAGAAACAUUGAUGUGUCACUCUUGAUCGGAAACGAUUACCCAAGAGCUAUCCGGCCUCGACAAGUAAUCACUGGAGGGGAGGAUGAUCCCUAUGCUCAAAAAUCUCUCCUAGGUUGGGGAAUUAUUGGAAAAGUCUGCCUGACAUCUGAAAGUUCAGGUGCUGUUGUUUGGAACAAAGCUACAAGUUGUGAGAGCGUGAAGUUUGCAGUCCCGUCAACAGCGAAAGAAAUCCUCUGCCCGCAGAAAGUCAUUGCGAUUCUCGAGAAGGACUUUGCUGAUGAAAACAUGGGAGGGCAGUCUAUCUCAAUGGAGGACAAGAAGUUCCUGCGAAUCAUGGAGAAAGGAAUAAGGAAACGACCAGACGGACAUUAUGAGAUGCCCCUCCCUCUCAAGACGCCUAACACAUCGCUACCAUACGAUCGCAAAGUAGCAGAGAACCGAUGGAAACAACUAAAUGCCAGGUUUAGAAGGAACCCAAAGUUUAUGGAAGACUACAUAGAAUUCAUGAAAGAUGUGCUUGAAACAUGUGCUGAAAGGGCUCCCUCUAGCUACAAACAAGGAAAGGUAAACUAUGUACCCCAUACUGGUGUCUAUCAUCCCAAAAAGCCAGGGAAAAUACGUGUGGUCUUUGAUUGCUCAGCAAAGUGUGAAGGAAUCUCACUCAAUGACAACCUCCUACAAGGACCAGACUUGACUAAUGGCUUAGUUGGAGUACUGUGCAGGUUCCGCCAAGAAGAAGUUGCUGUCGUUGGAGACAUCAAAGGAAUGUUUCACCAAUUCUUCGUGUCGGAGGAAGAUCGGGACCUUCUCCGUUUCUUGUGGUGGGAAGAUGGUGACCCAAACAAAAACGUGAUCGAAUACAGGAUGAAGGUUCACCUAUUCGGCGCUACUAGCUCACCUGGAUGUGCUAACUAUGGCUUCAAGAAAGCAGCAGAUGAUGGCGAAGCUGAGUUUGGGUCCGAUGCAGCUUCAUAUAUUCGAGAUGACUUCUAUGUCGACGACAGACUUAAGUCAGUCGCAACCCCAGAUGAAGCCGUGAGUGUCAUGAAAGCAAGUCAAGCAAUCUGCAGUAAAGCUGGACUGAGAUUACACAAGAUGAUGUCUUACAAUAAGGAGGUUCUGCAGAGUUUUCCUAUCGAAGACAGAGCUAAGGGUAUUGCUGACUUGGACCUAGAAGUUGAUCCACUACCAAUAGAGAGAGCAUUAGGUGUAUUCUGGUGCGUGGAAAGUGAUACAUUGCAGUUCCGAAUUGAGCUUAAAGAUCGCCCUCUUACUAGACGGGGAGUUCUAUCCACUGUUGGCUCAAUUUAUGACCCUAUCGGCCUUGCAAGUCCAGUGACUCUGAGAGGAAAGCACAUUCUCCAGGACCUCUGCAGAAGGAAACUUGAUUGGGACAGCCCCUUACCCGAUGACGUCAGACCACAGUGGGAGAAAUGGAGAUUUGAAAUAAGUGAACUCGAGAAACUAAACGUCCCAAGAUGCUACAAGCCUCCAAACUUCGGCAAAGUAAAGCGUACAGAGUUACAUCACUUUUCAGAUGCAAGUUUUGAUGGUUACGGACAGUGCUCUUAUAUUCGCCUGGUGAAUGAAGAGGACAAAGUGUGUUGCUCUCUCGUGACAGCCAAAUCAAGAGUAACCCCACUCAGACAGAUGACUAUUCCCAGACUCGAACUGACGGCUGCCACUGUAUCAGCAAAGAUGAGUACAUUUCUAAGGAAAGAAUUGACAGUGGCUAAACCUCAAGAAUUCUUCUGGACAGAUAGUCAAGUGGUCUUGGGUUACAUUCGUAACGAAGCAAGGAGAUUCCAUGUCUUCGUGGCAAAUAGGGUGCAACAGAUACAUGACGAAACAAACCCCAAAAGAUGGUUCUAUGUGAACACAGAAGACAACACUGCUGAUGAGGCGUCUCGAGGGAUGACAGCAAAGGAGCUCGUUGAAAGUAGCCGCUGA